UCCUCCUCCUCCUAGCGACAGAAGAAAUGGGGAAGGAAAAGAAAAUUCUUGCCGGUGAAUCAGGUCCUGAUGUUGAUCUUAAGUCUCUCAUUCAUCGAAGUUCAUUGUUUUUUGACAAGUUGAUUGAACUCAUCCCUGCUAAGUUCUAUCUACCGACUGAUGAGAAAGAGAAGCCAUGGUUUCACGGCCUUAGUAAGGGUGCUAAAGCUUCAGCAAAGAAGGAAGCAAGGGAAAACAUCAAGAAAGCAAGGAAAGAUCGGCUUGACCCUGAGAAGUCUUCUACAACAACCCUUGAUUUGUUAAUGCAAAAUUUGGAGAAAGAAAAAUCAAACAGUGAGAGUGAUGGUGUUGAAGUGGAGAUCAAUCCAAUGAUGUCUGGUUUAGAAAACGAUGACCAAUCAGUCACGUAUGAAGAACUCCGGCAACGGCUUCGUCGUAAAAUUGAAGAGCUCCGAGGUGAUAGAAAUUGCGGAAGUUCAGAAAAAGCUAAGUGGAGGAAGGAGAAGAGAGGGAUUGAGCAAAAGAAACGGAAGAGGGAAUCUGGGUCUGGAGAAAAGAAUCAUGUCACGAGUACUUCAUUGGAAAGGGUGGAGAAGGAUGCAGAAGAAGCUACAAAGGAGCUCAAGUUUAGUCAUGUUAAAAUGGGGACUGAAGAAGAGCAUGGGAAGAAGAAGAAGAGGAAGAUUUCAAAGUUAAAGGAGCUUGAAAAGGCAAAAGAAUUGGAAGAAGCAAAGAAAGAUCCAGAGAAAGGGGGUGUUAUCUCAAAGAAGCAUUCAUGGAAAGCAGCUACAAGUAGAGCUGCAGGAAUUAAAGUUCAUGAUGAUCCAAAGCUUCUGAAACAGAGUUUAAAGAAGGGUGAGAAGAGGCAUCAAAAGAAUGCUGAGAAGUGGAAGGAAAGGAUUGAAUCCCAGCAUAAAAUGAAAGCAGAAAAACAGCAAAAGAGAUCAAAGAAUAUAGCUGGCAGAAUUGAGCAGAAGAAGAUGCGGAAGAUUGAGAAGAGAGAGAAAAAGCUCAUGCGGCCAGGGUUUGAAGGUCCUAAACAAGGUUAUAUCAAUGAAGGUUCAACUUGAGGUGCCUCAACUCGGAAGUUUGUAGUGUUGUGUUAGUCUCCUGCUCUUUUUUUGUCCAAUUAUCCUCGCUCUAUUUUUUUUCCUGCACUUUUCAUAGUUUUGUAUUAAGCAUGGUUUUGGUAUCAAAAGAACGUUAUGAUUUAGGAA